GCUGCUGAACAGAGAGAGAGAGAGAGAGAGAGCAGAGACAAGGAGGGGGAAGUCUCUGUGUGUGAGAGUCUCUGCUGCUGCUGCUGUGAGUGUGGGGACAUGAGUGUGUGUGUGUUAAAGAGGUUUGGCUGGAGGUAGUGAAACCAGAUCCUGUGAGUCUGAUCUGCAGAAGAGAAGCUGGAGGAGAGGGAGCAGAGAGCUCAGACAGCAGCACAUCCACUGCUGCACCAGACACCCGGCAGCUCCUUCCCAUCCUCCCCUCACACUGUGGCCUCUAUAUCCUCAGCCCUGAGCUGGCAGCAUGAAGAAGAACCUUUCUGCAAAGAGGGGACCUCCAGACGGGAACCAGGCCCCCUGCCAGCCAGAAAAAGUGGGAUGGAUUCGAAAAUACUGCGGGAAGGGCAUCUUCAGGGAGCUGUGGAAAAACCGUUACGUCGCUAUACGAGGGGAUCAGCUCUGCAUGUCGGAGAAAGAGGUGAAAGAUGAAAAGAAUGGGCAUGAAGUCUUUGACCUGAGUGACUAUGAGAAAUGUGAGGAGCUACGGAAAUCUCGAAGUCGGUCCAAAAAGAACCACAGCAGGUUCUCCCUUGUACGCUCCAAACAACCAGGGAACACUGCACCGAACCUGAUCUUUCUCGCAGUCAGCCCCGAAGAGAAGGAAUCUUGGAUUAAUGCCCUGAACUCUGCAAUCACACGAGCCAAGAACCGCAUCUUAGAUGAGGUCACAGUGGAAGAGGAGAGUUAUCUUGCUCAUCCAACGCGUGAUAGAGCGAAAAUCCAGCAUACCAGGCGCCCUCCUACAAGAGGUCACCUUAUGGCAGUGGCAUCUACCUCAACGUCAGAUGGAAUGCUAACUUUAGAUCUAAUACAGGAAGAGGAUGCCUCACAAGAAGAUCAAGGCAGCUGUGAUAAAAGUUUCAGAGUUGACCUAGACAAGUCCAUAGCCCACUUAUCUUCCAAGCGUCGCAGAUCAGACUCUGAGAAUUUUAAGUGCCCAGAAAAGGGCAGGUCAGAGAAUCUGCAAGGGAAAGAUCAGGUGUUCUGGGAUAAGUUGGGGCCUCACCAUGACUCCUUUGGGAAGGGCACAACCUACACGCCUCAGGUCCCUAAAAAGCUAUCUUAUUCUGAGAAGAACAAAUGUGCCUCUAUGGAGGAGAUCUUAUCGAGAUCAGACUCCUCAGGUCAACGCCCAAUGUCCAAAAAGCCUCCUGAAUCAGAGAGAUUAACCCAUUUACAGGAACUGAUAACAGAGAAGAUUGAUAAAACUCAGGAACUGCUCACAGAAGUAAAGGACUGUGGAGAAAGCAAGGAAAAGGGAAAGGAAAUUUCUUGCAAAGUGGACUCUGAAAAUGUCCUUCAGGAAGCAGAGAGGCUUCUAGGAGAAGCUUCCUCCAAUUGGAGACAGGCCAGAAAGGUCUUACAAGAAAUAAAGGAACUGAGAGACCUAUGCAGACAAGCAGACAAGCAGUCCCCAGAUCCUAAUCAGAAACUGGCCAGUCAUUACAGGAAAAGUCUAAUGUGAGGGACACAAGCACUCUUUAUACCCUUGAGCUCUCAAAUCAAAAGGAAUAUUUCCUGGUUGAUACCUGCUUACGGCUUUAUUACACAAAAACAAGGCUAAUGAAGCCCAAAUACUAGAAGACGAGCUGUCUUUGGAAGGGUCUCUUGGCUUUGCACUUUACUUUUCUCCAGGGGUAGCUGCAGAAGCUCUUAUGUGAGCAGGCUAACCAUAUAUGCAGGAAUCCCCAUUGGAGAGCUUGGAUCUACUAACAUACGCACGCACACACUCGCUGGCUGCCCGUCCAGGCUCAUAAUCAUUAAGGUCUGCAGUGUUAACAGUGGGGUGAUUAAUGGCAGGCUGAAAUAGGCCAACUGGAUUAGGAAUGUAGGCCAACUCUAUUGCCUAUGUAGUAUGUGUUAUCCAAUACAAAGCAUACAACCCCAUUAUAAUGUUACCCAAGUUUACAUGGGCCUGCUCUUAUUUAAUGUAUUUUGCAAUGGGAAUGUGAAGGUAUUUUAUCAAAAUAAAAUACUGUGUUGCUCGCCUCCAA